ACCGCAAACGAUAAAAGGUGUUCGACGCCAUUGCAGUAAAGUCUGCGUGAAAACUUUGGUAUUUUGUGUGAAAAACGAUCUCUACAUUGUAAAAUAUGGAUUCUAUUGAGAGGCACUUGUUCGACGCGAUGUUCGGCUUGAAUAUUCCGCUCGGAGUGGGUAAGCCACUGUGUCCGGAGAAGCUUGAUAAGAUGCGAGGAAGGUGGCAGAGAAAAUCCAUCCUUGAAAUUCAUCUUUCAAUGUCCAUUGUGGACAUGGAAAUGAAGCCGAAAAAAUCUCUUGAUGAGAUCCGUUCGGAAAUGGAGAAUAUUGGGGGCGGAAUCUGCAAGAAAGUUAUUAGUGAGGGCUUUGGGAGUGUCACUAAGGAUAAACCUGAGAUUACAAUUCAGUACGUCAAGUACGGUCAAAUGCUGGAUAGCAAUAAAAUUGAACUGUGUGAUUCAACGUACAUUGCACAGAAGCCGUAUACUUUUGUCCUGGGGAGCAAUUGUGGGCUUCUGCCGGGCUUUGAGAAGGCCGUACGAUCGAUGCGAAAUCAGGAGAAAGCAGAAUUUAUCAUGAGUGAGCAGAAGAAUGGCAAUCCACCGGUGACAAGGAAUGUAAUGUUUAUAAUUGAAGUGAUUCGAGUGGCUGAUGUAAUGGUGAAGCAGGACCGGGUGAGGCUUCUCAAGAACUACCCUGAGACCAUGAGGCUGGUUUAG